AUGAAGGAUCCACGCGCAGCCAAGCGAAGAAAGGUGGACGAAGAUGGAGACGUAACAAUGGGCGACAACGAUCAAGACAUCUACUCGGUUCCAUCAUCCCCGACAAGACAAGACAAGAACGGCCAUCAAGAAGAUACUUCUGCGGUCGAAGAAUCCGAGGACAGAGAAAAGUCUCCUACACCUACCCCGAAAGCGAAAGCGGCUUCACGGCGUCGAACUUCACGGGCAAGUCAAAAGGACGAACAUGCGGAUGACAAGGGGGACAACAACGCUGCGGAAACCCCUUCGAGAGUUGGGGUACGGUCAAGUGGUCGACAAAGGAAACCGCCACAGAGAUUCGAGGAUGAGUCUACGGGGACUCCGUCUCGGAGGAGGGUGGAUGCACCUGAUACUGCAACCUCUGCGAGAAAGUCUCGCACCCCGAGAAGCACACGGAAGGCUAGACAAGUUUCGGAGACGGAGGAUGGAAAUGGCGAUGGCGGAGACGACGACGAAGAGGAGGUGCAGGAGGAGGACGAUGACGAGGAUGAAGAAGAAACACCGCCACCUCCGAGGAGUGCACUUGCAAGGACAAGGUCGAAGCGAGCCAAUGUCAGGUUCAGUACAGCGGACACGGGUUCCAAUAAAAGGUCGACCAGGGGACAGGAAGCAUCGAAACAAUCCCCUACCCCGGAUGAUGACCAGGAUGGAUUCGAUGAUCUUGUUUCAAUGCAGCUUCAGCAAGAUCUCGUGCAUCAAGAUUUGGAUGCAAAGGACAAUGAUACAGUCCCGGCCGAUCCACUUCCUGACUACGCCGAGCAGUUCCAGGCUCUGUCUCAAAAAGGCCUCCUCAACGAGCUGAACUCCCUGACCAAGAUUGUACUCGAGAAGCUGAAUGGCAAGAGACUAACUCCCCUUAAAGGGCUGGAAAGCGAAUAUCACAAAGUCCAUCAACUUGUCGAGCAGACCGUCACAGCUGGAGAGGGUAACUCGAUGUUGCUUCUCGGAUCACGAGGGAGCGGAAAGACCGCUAUAUUAGAGACGAUUAUCUCGUCUCUGAGAAAGGAACACAAUGAUGAAUUCCACGUUGUCCAGCUCAAUGGAUUCCUGCACACAGAUGAUCGAUUGGCUCUUCGCGAGAUGUGGCGCCAGCUUGGCCGGGAGAUGAAUACUGAAGAUGAAGUGGGCAAAGUCAACAGCUAUGCCGAUACGAUGGCGACUCUCCUUACCCUCCUCUCGCACCCGGAUGAGUUGUCUGGCUCUUCAAAUAAUCAUAACGCCAUGACGGCCGCCAAAUCUAUUGUCAUCGUCUUGGACGAAUUCGACCUGUUUGUCUCUCACCCACGACAGACGCUGCUAUACAAUCUUUUCGACAUCGCGCAGGCGCGGAAAGCCCCGAUUGCAGUUAUUGGAGUUACCACCAAGGUUGACGUGACUGAGAUGCUGGAGAAGCGUGUCAAGAGUCGAUUCAGCCACCGAUAUGUCUUUGUUCCGCUCCCGAGAACAUUUGACGUUUUCUCUGAAAUCUGCUUUGCCGGGUUGAAUCUGGACGAGGAGGAGAGUUCUGAGUUGAAUGCACUGGCUAAGUCUUCAAGUUGGCCGACGUUGGUCGAAGCAUGGCGAGACUACUUGCAGUCCCUCUGGAAUGACGAAGCCUUCCAAACCCACUUGCAAAGAAUCUACCACACCACAAAAUCCGUCAAGGAAUUCUUCACCAGCUCCCUCCUCGCCAUCACAGACCUCCACUACAGCACCUACCCAACCGACUCCACCACCACAACUCCCCUCCAAGUCCCAACCCCCAAAUCCUUCACCAGCACAGCCAACUCCCUCACCUGCCCAGACCCCGCCCCGCUCCCCUUCUCAAUCGCCACAACCGCCUCCUCGAGCCCCUCCUCCCUCCCCCUCUCCCUCCUCCUCGCCGCAACCCGCCUAACAGCCCUCUACGACCCCGGCCCGGACUCAGCCUCCCAGCCCCAAUCCCUCGCCCCGCUCGCCCUCUCCUUCCCGGCCGCCUACGCAGAGUACGUGCGUCUCCUCACCUCCGCAAAGGUCUCGGCCUCUGUCUCCGGUGCCGCGGCUACCCCCGGCCGUGUCUGGGGUCGGGACGUCGCGCGCGAAGCCUGGGAGAAGCUCGUCGGCUGGGGCCUUGUUAGCCCCGUCGGUGGCGGUACGGGGACUGCUGACGGGCGUAUGUUUCGUGUGGAGAUUAGUUUCGAGGAGGUCGUCGAGAUGGCCGGGUCGGGUGGUUCGUUGGGGAGAUGGUGGAGGGAUGGUUGA